GAAUUUAUAAUAUUUUAAAACUUGAGUUUAAAUUGAUAUUUGUUAACAAAAUUAAAUCUUACAAUUAUUUAUUUAUUUAUGGUGUUGUUCGUUCAUGUGCCUCGAUUCAUUUGCAGUGGAUGCUAUCAAUGCCAUAUUAGGAUACAUUGAAAGGACAUCAAUUCAUGAUGCUAGUAACAAUUUCUCAGCUUCCGAUUGCAACAAAAAGUCAACCUUUGAAGUGUAUUGCGUCUGUUACAAAGCAACAUGCAGAGUUACUCAACUUGAUUUAUCCAGUGCUGGUUUCAAAGGAGAAAUACCACGCGAAAUUGGAAACCUCACUUCUCUUACUAAUUUAUAUUUGAAUGAUAACAGGUUUAGUAAGAUUCCAUCUUGGUUACAAAAUUUGUCCAUGCUUUCAACUAUUAUCCUUGAUGAUAACUUACUGGUUGGACACAUACCAACUUUCUUUAGUCAAAUGAAGUCGUUGGUCGCUUUGUGAGUUUGCAUCAUAACGUCUUUUUCUUUUUCUUUUAUCAUAUAGGUUGUUUUGCAUCAUUUAUUGGUUCAAUAUCAGCAAAUUAAAUUCGAAAUGGUCUAUCUUUUUUAUCAGUGUUUGGCAUUUAAAGAUUACCUCAUCUAUCUAUCUAUUUUCUAUGAGACAUUCUACAAUACAC